AUGCAUAACGCUCUCAAAGUCAACGAUAUCGUCUACUUUAUACUGGAACACGUCAAGUCCUCUAAGUUGGACUUGCGAAACAUGGCGAUGACCUGCUCCGCGUUCUCAAAUAUCGCCCUCGACAUGCUAUGGUCUCAACAGGACAGUUUGACACCCCUCUUCCGGUGUCUCCCGGGAGACACUUGGAAUCCCUGGUGGCAUGACGUUAUGAAUUUUUCCCGCGAACCGCUACCCACGGAGUGGGAGCGUGUCCAGAUCAAUGCGGCAAGGAUACGCGAGUUGAUCUUCACGGGGAACACCCGUAGUCCCCCGAACCCAACUGGCCAGGUCGUACAGCGACUUUUUGAGCUCUUUCCACCCGCUGUGUUGUUCCCCCGACUGCACACAUUGCAUUUCAACGCAAUACCUCGGCACUCGCUGAACUUCGAUUCAGAACUCUCGUUGCUUCGCCAGUUCCUUUCACCUAGAUUGGAACGCCUCGCAUAUUACAUACAGCCCCGCGCUCCGAUGCACGAGGUAGAGCAAAUGUUUGAUGCCAUUUUUACUGAAGCGCCUGGCCUUCGACAACUAUCACUACACAGCGCACACAAGCUUUCGGCCUGUCCUUCCAAGGCACCUAAGCUGCCGAAGAAGCUGAAUGUCCUAUCGAUUGGCCCACUCCGCAUGGAUCUGAUGAAGCAGAUCAUUCCCGAUAUCCAGCAUUUACCCAAUCUCCAAACCCUUACACUGGCUUUGAGCAAAUCAAGCAAUAUGGUGUUCCAAUCAUCAGGUGGUAUGCUACUUGAAUUGAGUACGCUCAAACAUCUGUAUCUCACUGGCGCCCGCUUGGAAAAUUCCACAUCCUUCCUUCAUAAAGUUGCCAUGCCACGAUUGUCGGUCCUCGAAAUCUCGUAUUACACAACUACUGGACCAGCUGAAAUCACCGCGGCCAUCAAAUCCUUAUCUACGUCUUGCAAAACAUUUGCAUUCCUGGAAAAUAUCACUGUGGUCGACUAUUCGGAAAACCCCUCGGAGGAACUUGGGCCUGACGACCAACUCCAUUCCUCUAUUUUCCGGCCUUUGCUCCGGUUCAGGAGGCUGUCCAGUGUUAAAUUUAUUGACAUUGGAAAGUACUGCCUAGAUGACGCGUUCAUCGAGGACGUUGCAGUUGCUUGGCCGGAUCUCCGUACGUUGACAUUCGCGUCAAACGUACCUGGCGAAUAUCAGGUCACCUUGACCUCAGUGCUUUCAUUAGCGACCAGGUGCAAGUCACUUCAUGACCUGCAUUUAACAUUCGAUGCCACACCUUUUCCGACACUUCCCUGUGCGCCGGAUGGAAACCCGGAACUUUGGACCACGCAGACGACCCUCUGUAAACUACAUGUCGGACACUCGAAGGUGUCGGAAGCAUCACGUUUGCACCUCUUCCUAGCAGUGCUGUUUCCAAAUCUAGCCGACCUCAAGUAUUGUCUCCAUUUCAAUGGUCUUUCGGCGUGGAUAAAAUUAGACAAAGCAUGGAGCGAACUGCUGAUCGAGCGGGAAAACUUUCCAGACGAGGCAGCUUCUUGGCCAAACUUUCUACUGCAGCUACAGCCUUAG